AUGCUCUCACAACAGCUAGCUAUGCAGAGAGCAGAGUUUCAAGACUCUCCUCCUCCUCCUUCAUCAGAUCCUACUCCUGCUUCUCGUGGCUCUCUACUGGAUGCGGCAAUCGACCAGUUAUUAAAAGACCAGCCUAGCGAAGGUGACGCCAACUACGCUUCCAAGUCUCGAGAGAAGACAGAUCUCACCAGACUCUUACACGUUCACGUUGAAUGUGACGAUGGGGAUACUCUAGUUGUUGUUAAUUUCCCUUCAGGCUAUCCAAGUUGUAGUAGGGAAGAGUGGACCCCAAAACGCUUCUUCGUCCAUUCAGAGAAACUCCUCGCCACUGGUUCUAAAGUCUUCGCAAAUUUGUUGUCGCCCAAGAAACAAGCCCGCUUCCAAAAGGGUUUGGAGCUUGCCGGUGAAACUAUCUCGCAGAGAUUCGUUAUUGAUCUCACUCCUUCAGCUGAGGGAGACGACCUAGCUGCCCAGCUCAUAGAGCUGUCUUUACCUCCUAGCGUCACCGACUGGUGGACGUCAAAGGAGAGACUAGGUAUAUCGCCAUAUCUAGUUUCAGGUCAUGACGAUCACUGCCCCUAUCACGACGAGGUUCCUUUGCACUGUGUGAAGAAGACGUCAUACAUAGAACAGAAAUUGGGGCCCAGAGAACGUCUUCCAACAAUCGAUCUACUUGACAUCGAAACGGUAAAAUCUAGAACCAUCGACGAUUAUUGUCCUAUCCGUCAUCGCGUCAACAUCGUUCGUCUCCUUUUGGCCAUAGAAGGUUAUGAUCUGGUCUUGAAUUCGGCACCCCGGGUCUACACGCUCACAAGUAUUGCUAGCAUACUAGAUUGCACACGUGUUAUUCGAGACUCUGUGUAUACUUGGUUUUUAGCAGAACCCAACACCGAGUUUAUUGAUAUCAAUGCCGAAGUUGCGUUCAAAAUCGCGUGGACGUUGGAAAUAGAUACUAUCGCCCGAGCCGCAUUUCGCAUCCUCGUUGUUGAGAAGGCUUUGGAUACUCUCGCUGCUCAACCCCCGGUACAAAAAGAUCGAUAUACGGUUUUCGGCCGCCCUCGUGUGGAUCUACCUGACGAUCUGCAGACUGUUGUUCAAUAUGCAGCACAAAAGCUUGCCGAUCGUAUUCACCACACACUCGCAAAGUUUAGAUCAGAUCAGUUCUAUAACGUGCUCGAAAUAUCGGAAUAUCGAAAAUUCGUAGAAGUCGGCGACACCACCCGCGCAGCCAUUUCCAGCGGCUCAAGCGGCCAGUCAACCUCGAAGAAAGAUUUCAAGCGCAAUAAAAUACUAAAUAGGCUACUUGAUUCGUUCUCUACCCUUUAUACAAAGCUACAAGAAUAUAAGGAUUAUAUCAUACAGGCGGCAACGAAUGCCGUACCCGGGUAUGACCAGCAAACCGCUUACGAUCGCAAUCGGCGAUGCUAUGUGGAUGGUCAAAGACGAACUCCUACUUCCCUUAUCGCUAGCGAUUUCACAGAUGCCCAACAUCUUCUGACCCCGUGGUUCUGGCUUUAUCUGGCUUCGUAUCCUACCAACUACGAGGGGCCGUGCUAUCCCGAUGAGUCUCUGGCUUUAUAUGUGGACGAGUUCAACAACAAACUAGCCGAAGCGACACCCUACCUCUACGGAGGAAGUAGCUAUGAUAAAUUCGCGAACCGUUUCCAUUUCCGCCUGGAUAAUUUUCGCAUCGAGCUUCACGCCGCCGUGUCGAAAUUAUGGGCUUCCUGGACAAACCCCGAAUUGGAAGUACCGCUCACUAGAACGGAACACAUCGUCCUAGCACUAUCGGAAGAUGAGUUCCAGUAUCUCCCCCUUUGGGCCGGCGGACUCAACGAUGGGAGCGGCGGCGUUUUCCAAUCCGCCGUCCCAGACGCAGACUUAGGCCCAAUUGGCCCCGGACCAGCCUACCGCACGGGCAAUACGGUGGCGACAGAUACUUCAAGCAUCUGCCAAUCCGAUAAGACACCUAGCGGACUCAGCACCGCGACAUUAACCGCCGGACGGUCCAUAGACGCCGUGCCGUCGAAUAUAGAUCCGAGUACUGUCCACGACGGGACAUCUAUACCUGUGUCGGACAGCCGCGUCUCAUUCACACCCGCUGCGAGCGUGACGGGAUCAACGGCCACCAUAGACGGAGACGAGAGCGACGGAUAUGAAUCCGAUGGCAGCGAUGAGAUUGACGACGAGGCCUGGUCUCUGGUCGAAGAGCCUUUGAUGUAGUGAUAAGUGUGUAUAUUUUGGGGGGUACGGGAUGUAUUGGUUGGAUAGUAAUAGAAUAAAUAAUAAGGGCGCGAGGCUGUGGCAAAUAUCUAAAGCAUGGAUUUUAUUAGGCUAGGUUGGUCUAUGGGGGGGUUAUGUUCACGUAAAUUGGGGAGAACGAGCUGAUGAGAUGAAACGGAAUAGAGGAUGCGUCUUCGUCGAGAGUGCAUACCUAGGUACCUACCUAACCUAAGAUAGGAAGGAGUAUACCACGCACGACAUCCGUAUGAAUGGAUAUAGAUGCGUUGCAGCAAUAUCUAGG